AUGUUAUAAUUUUUAUUAAAUUAUUAUUAUAAACUUAAUUACUUUGUAAUUUAUAUAUCAAUGCAACAUUACUACUUAUUGCAAUUUAAACUAAUAUAGAUACUAUAUUUUCUAGUUCGUAUAAAUGAGAUUUAUUUGAUUUAAUUUUAUCAAACUAAAAUCUGUUAACUGAUUAUAUGAACGUUUUGACACUUAAAUUGCAUAUUUAUAAAUAUAAUCUUAAUAAUAGUACGUCAAUAUGGAUAGAAAAAAAUUAUUUGCUUUACAACCGUAUGAAUUGCACAAGGAAUUAUUGGACAAGUAUCUAGAAUACUGUAAAUUCAUUGAUUUAAAAAAGCGGGAAAAACGUGAUAUUGAUGUUAUACAGGAGAACCAUAAGUUUGUUUGGGAUGAAGACGAUGAAGCUUUCACUUGGGAGCAGAAAUUAGCUAAGAAGUAUUAUGAUAAGUUAUUCAAAGAAUAUUGCAUAUGUGACUUGAGUUUAUAUAAAAAAUCUCAGGUAGCUAUGCGUUGGCAAACUGAAGGUGAAUUAAUCAAUGGUAAGGGUCAGUUCAUUUGUGGCAAUAAAAUUUGUGAUGCAACAGCACAUCUGCGGACAUGGGAAGUAAAUUUUAGUUACAUGGAACACUUCAAAAAGAAAAACACUCUAGUUAAACUCAGGUUAUGUAUGGAUUGCUCCAAUAAAUUAAAUUAUAAACACAAAAAGAAAGAAAUUAAGCGCCAAGUUUCCAAAUCAAAAAAAAGUAAAUCGAAACAUUUCAACAAAGAGCGAGAAAAAUCUGAUAAUCAGCCAACUACUAGUAUCCAAAGUGAGGUACCAGUAACUGCUAAGCUAGCAAUUGAAGAUAAUGUUUGGAGUGAGCAACUACAAAUAGAAGAUGAAAAACCAAGAGAAGAUGAUUUUGAAGAUUAUUUAGAACAAUUGCUAUUUUAAAUAAAUUAUUAUUUAUUGUUUUACUAA